AUAAGCGAAACACGGCACGCGUGAAGCGACAGGAAGCCGUUUCCGCUGCAGGAGCGGACCGCGGGCUGAGUGUCGCUUCAAAGCGUUGCGGCCGUGUUUUGCAGAGUCGUGCGUCCGAAUGAGGACUUGUUGAGAAGAUGGUGAAGCGGGGCCGUCGGAGCUGAAGAUGUCUGGUGGAUGCUCAUCAUCAUCAUCAUCAUCAUCAUCUUCAUCAUCCAUCCAUCCAUCCUCCCACAGCAAGUAAAUGAGUCAACAUGGCCGCGCAGCAGCUCGCCCUGUAGCAGCACCGAGACGCGGAAUAAAACAACACACAGUCCUGUGUGUGUGUGUGUGUGUGUGUGUGUGUGUGUUUUUGUUGUUUUCUCUGUUAUGUCAGAUUAAAUGGCGUUCAUGUCCCGGUUCUCUCGGUCCCGGAGCAGCUCCAGGUCUCCGCACCGAAGAGACCCCGAGCGCGUCUCCCCAAACCUGAGCGUGUCCGAGCUGGAGCGGCUCCUGUACACGGGCAAAACAGCCUGCAACCACGCAGACGAAGUGUGGCCGCGGCUGUAUAUUGGAGAUCAGGACAUUGCAUCAGACCGGCGUGAGCUGGCCAAACUUGGCAUCACACACAUCCUCAACUGUGCCCAGAGCAAGUGGCGCGGUGGAGCCGAGUAUUACGCCGGGAUGAACAUCACCUAUCACGGCAUCGAGGCUCACGACUCCCCCACCUUUGACAUGAGUGUCAACUUCUAUCCUGCAGCUGAGUUCAUCCACAAAGCCCUCACAAGUGGAGGUAAGGUGCUGGUCCACUGCACGGUGGGAGUGAGCCGCUCUGCCACUCUGGUGCUGGCCUACCUGAUGAUCAGACAAAACCUGACACUGGUGGAAGCCAUCAAAACAGUGAAGGACCACCGAGGCGUCAUCCCCAACCGAGGUUUCCUCCGCCAGCUCAACGGCCUGGACGGCAUCCUGAGAGAGAGCCGUAAGACGUCACCGCAGAGCUGAACACACACACAACCUGAGGUAGCAGCUGGUUACACCGAGGGAGGUAAUGGGACCAAAUAGGAGCAACCUGUGGGCUUCGGACACUGUGGCUCUGAGCGGCAGGUGUACGCAGGGUUUUGACUGAUAUGUGAUAUGUCAGUAUCUUCAGACCCAAUUAAUACAUUUUUACUCGUUAUUUAUUUAUUGUUUAUUUUAUAUUGUUGUUUUAGCCUCUGAAACAACGUGAGCACUGGAUGGUAAAACUCUCCAGUGAAGCCCACGUCCUGUAAGAUAUGACGUGUUUAUGACACCCGCUAUCCUAAAGGCACGGUCACACCAGAAUUUAGAACAACAAAAUUUUGCGGCAAAAUAAAUUAAUUUCAGUGGAAUCGCUGGGAUCAGUGGAUUCGCUCACGGGGCCAAACUAAAUCCGUACCUUUGACCAAUAGCAAGACGUCUCGACAGUGAGGACCUUUGAGGGAACGGAGAGUCUUGCACCAUUGUUGCCCCAUUUUAUUUAACCUCCCAUUUCGGAGUAUAAACUGCUACACAAAAGAGUUAUUUGGUUUUUAGUCAGUCAUGAGACAAGAUUCGAUGGUACAAAUACAUCUUUAGAAUAAACUGUGUGACGUUAUUGUCCCGUUAGCGACCAAGCUAACUGCAAAAUGACAGUAAACAAGCUUGCUAGCUUAGAGAGCUUUUUAUCUCUUCAGUGACUCUUAACUGAAUGAAAUGAUGAACAAUCCUGAGAACAAAAAUGCCAGGGAAGGUCAACGGUCCAGUAAAGAGAGCACAGAAAGAAGCUCGGAGAGCUAUUGUAACUGACUAGUGCUACAUGUUACCGGCUGGCUAGUGUGUUAGCCAUUAGCUUGCCAGCUCCAGUAGUUUACCAACUAGCCCUGUGAGUAGUCACUACGUGACAAGCUUCUCGAUCCACAUUUCUGGUGUGACCGGGCCCUCGAUCCAAACAAGGAAAAACCACAAAACUGCAACGUCCCCGGUUCACAGCUAAAUCACAGCUUAAAGACAUGAUCGGCCCCAAGCGGGCGAUAAGUUGUCACAAGCCAAAAAACGUUGGGAACCACUGGUUUAGAAGAUAUUUGCUUAUUGAAAAGCACGUCUCUUCAUGUACAAGAGUAAAAGUCCACUCCUUUCACUUUUUAAUCAGACUUCGGACCAUUCCACUUGACUUGAUCCUGAUGUUUUAUUACCACUGCACCGACAGAAAAGUACAAAAAUGUACGGUGUUUGGACAACCCUUAGCAGAGUCAGUGGUUGCUAAUUCACUGCAGGAAUCCUUAACAAGUCAUUCAGUCUAAUCUCUGGUGCAUUUUUUCUUGUUUCAGGAAAUUUCUAGAAAUGUGUCAGUAUAUGUAGCACGUGUUGGAUUGCUGAUGAUUCAACAAAGGUCUUAAAAUGAGCUGAAUCGUACUGGAAGUAGAUGAAAUAAUCUCAUCUCACUGGUUUAUUCACUUGUUUUAAGAACCAAAAAAUCCUGCAAACUGUCGGUCACUUGUACUCACUUUAUUAACAACGUUUCGGUCCUCAGACCUUUAACAAGUAAAAUUCAGUGACCCUCAUUGGCAAGGGCAUAAUUUCCACUUUUCAAGAUCCUAUUUUACAGUUUUUGUUUGGUUCAUUUACUAAAAGUCCACUGAACCGUGUCCUCUUACUGCCCAAAUGCCAAAAUCUAGAUGAGAGAAGCUCUGAGAUGUUAAAACGCUCGUCUGGUUCGCCUUCAGUUUUUGCUCACUCGCAUUUAAGCUUCUCAAGCAGUAGUGACUGACUUACAGUUUUUUUGCCCUGGAUUUUGCCUCUCAGGCAGCGUACAGGCUGCCUUACCUUCUUGGUGGAGGUCGGGGCUGUAGUUUUCGGAUAAAAUAAUUAUGUACCUGUUUUUAUUUACAGAUAAUUCUCCUAAACAAACUCUAGAAUUGAUCAUCAAUCAAAGAUAGUGUAGAAAAAACCCCAGUUCUCUUUGUAGCGAAGAGAAAUAAAACAGUAUUUAUUGAGUUUAAAGAUUCAUUGUUGACAUUGGAAAUCGUUUGAAUUGUUGUCAAACAUUUUUAUAUAACAUCAUAAUAUUUAUCAAGAAGUAUCAGGUCAGGUUCGGUGUACUAACAUCAGUAUGGAAAGCAUGAUAACCAAUUUAAUCAGAAUGUGUUAUUUGCUGGAUGGUAUAAAUGUAUAUAAAUGAAGAACAGAAUUAAUAUGAAAAGGUCUGAGGACCGAAACAUUAUUGACAAAGUGAUCGACAGAGUUUAUGAUCAGAUGCAUUUGUCUAUAAGACUUGCUGGAGUGCUACAACUUAAAAUAAGAUUUUAGGACUCGACCAAUAGACCAAAUAACUGGUUAAAAUGGAGAUAAUCGCUAACAGUAUUGCCACUGCCCACUAGUGCUACCAGUGAAAUCAUGAGAGAUUAUCUGCAGUGUUCUUAUCAGCCAGCCUAGAGAUCAGGGUUGGGAUUCAAGGGGGCCCCUUGCUUGAUUUUGUGUGGGGCCCUGACAUUACCACACCUGGGCUAUACUGUCUUUUGUAAUCAAAGUUUAAGUCUUUGCAGGUCUUCCCUCGACUUACUUUUUUACAUUCAGCAAGUGUCAUUAAGUGCUCUGAACAACUCGCACGCUAGUUGUAGCCCAGGUCUAAACCAGCACAGUUAUGUAGCCUGUUGAUUACAGUAUUACAGUGUUGUCACACAAUUAUUAUCUGUGACGAGUUUGUGAAUAGCAACAUACAGUGUACCGUAUAAUCAGAUUUUUGUUUUCAAAUGAGUGUUAAAUAAGUCCAAUGUAUUGUUUCAAUCCAAUGUAUUUCAAAUAAUCACAGUACUUCUUGACUUUUUUAUUAGAUAUCUUGUGUGUGAUGAUCUGGAAUUCAUCCAGUAGACUACAGACUUAAGCCCAUUUGGACGGGAUUUAACAUUACAGGGGGGGGAGGUGGGGAAUGAAAUAUUCACUGUGCUCCUCGAUAAUUUAACUCAUCGCUCCGGGCGGGAUUUUAACCAUUGUGAAAUUACAGGAUGUGGUCUGUAAUGGACAUGGACAUUCAGCGGGACAAGGGCAAAAAACUAAUCUGGCAGAGUAGAACAAGCCCCCAGGAAGUGCGCCAGGCUUUGAAGCCAAUUUGACGUAGUGGCCAAACCGUGUAAUUACAACUUCCGGGUCCGUCACGUGAUGCACACUGGCCCAAAAAUACUUUUUUCCAUAGACUUACAUUGUGAAAGAAGCGGCUGUAAAGCGGUGGAUACAUUUUUUUGAGCAUCACAAACCCCCACGAAAUGACUCGUUUCACUAUCAGAAUUUGAACCAUUCAGUCCGAUCACAUUUGUAAAGUCUAGAAUUAAUUAAUUUUAUCCCCAUUAAAGUUAGCGGAGGGCUAAACCGGAAGUUAGCCGGCUCGGCGGAAGUCUCUAGUGCACUCGCUCUGUCUGGUGUAUCGCCUCUGACGCUGUGUCCAGUUCUCUUUAUACAUCCAUGGAGUUGAAGGGGAGGCAAAGAUAUGGCGUGAGAUGAAUUUGAGUCAAAAAUCGUACUUCUUCUCCGAGUCAUAACUCGGUCAAAUCGUAACACACAGACAUACACACACAUAUUCUUAGUGGAACUUAUCUUCCCGAAGAUAUUGUUAUUUAUCGAUGUCCAUCCAGACUAAAUGUCCAUAAAUCAGCUUAAAAAUCAUAGAAAAACGAUGCUUCAGAACCUGCCUGAGAAUCAUCACGUUUUUAUGUUUUCGUCAGUAUCAGAGUAAUCCAGUGAUAGUUGUCUGCACAUCCAUGGGUACAUUUCAAACAGGAACUGCUAACAGCUAAUUCAGCAUACUUUUAAUGGUGCCAGUUUGCCAAAAUGUAAACAAAUAAAGGUUACCAUAAAGGGAGCUCAAAAGAGAAUACCAGUACUUACAGUACCUGUAGCUAAAAUUACAAAAGCACAUUUGAUGAGCUUUUGCUCUCAUUUUGUCUGUCGCCAUAUUGUUUCCCAAAUAAGCCUUUAUGUUGGUGUUAGCAUGUUUUCCAAAUUAAUUAGCAAAUUAGCAAAAACAUUUAGCUUACUCCAUUUUUGCAAAAAUAUAAAAUGUCACACUGAGCUGAUAAACUCAAAUCACCCACAUACGUGCUCCGAAGGGGAUUAAAAUCACUGACCAGGUGACGUUAAAAAUCACCCCACCUCCCCUAGAGAAAUACAUCCAGUCCAAAUGGUGCUUCAGACUCAACAUCGUACUCUUACAAGGCUAUUAAACAACUUCAAGUCUGGUGUAUCACUUCAACUUUACAGUGACUGUUAGCUGUCCAGAGUAGUACUCUAAGUGAUACUAUAAUAUGCCAGCACAAGAAGCAUUUAGAGUAGACAAGCAGUGGGAGACAAUACCACAAAUGUGCCAUUGCAAAAGCUACCAACUGCCUGGAUGACAGGAGAGUGCACAGUGUUCGGUGUACGUCAGUCUUGCAAAGCCGCUCUUUUGUCUUGGUGUUAAGUGAGGCUUGUGUUCUCAUGCUAGUGAAAAACAAUAAAAGAUCCGAUGCUGAAAUUUAAACCAGCUUUUCAAAUACUCUUCGUUUGUGUUAUUAAUUAUUACCUCAAGUGUCAUGUCUGAAACGUAUUUUUUGUGAUUCGUGGUCUCUGCUGUUUUAACACCACCGAGGGGGAAACUUUGCUCAGCUCAUAUGCAGAAAAAUGUAAAUAUAAAGCUGAUUAGUGGAUUUGUACAGUGGAGAUUUAAAGGUAUAGUUUGAAUUUUUUGGAAAUAUCUUCAUUCGCUUUCUUUGCCGAGAGUUAGAUGAGAAGAUGGCAGCCACUCUCAUGUCUGUGCUAAGUAUGGAGCUGAGCCAGGAGGUGGAUAGGUUAGCGUUGCAUAGACUGGAAGCAGGGGGAACAGCUAGCCUGGUUUCGUCCAGAGUUCAAAGUAGUUCGUCUCCAGACGACUUUUUAAUGUUACCGGGUGACUCGUUUUAAAACAAGAAGCCUUUAAAAGGGGUCUUAAGUGCGCACCUGAUGGCUACAAACGUUAUAUCGUGCUAAAAGACUGAGGCUAAAGCUAACAUGUCCGAAGUAAAAAGGCAGCAUCCUCACCAGUCAGUGAUCCUUGUAGAAGACACAUAAAGAAACAGCACGUUCUUAUAUUACGGUGCAGUAUUAUAGAUAAAAAUAUAAUUAAAAUGUUAUUUUGCUUUAAGAUAACCCUGUUUGGGUGCUUUAAAAAAAACAUACUUGGACAAGCGACACAGAGGUUAGAUUUAUGCUUUAUUGAUCGUAUUUUCAAACAAUAUUUAGUUUCACGAAGAGAAAAGGUUUUGAGAUUCUCCAAACCAAAUAAAAAUCCGAACAGAGCCGCAAACGUUACUCUGAUGCAGCAUCUUGGCUUCCACAUGGUGGGGAAAUAGUAACAGUGGAUGUGUAUUAUUGUUAUUAAUGGUGGGUUUUGUAACGUAACCCCACAUUAUGAUGUAGCGAGCUAAUGCGCCUUGGCUUUGGAAGGUUACCUAAACUAGUUAGCUGGGCAUGCUAACGAUUGCAGCGUGCGUUACAGCAGAUAAACACACCGUUGAGUCCAUUUCUACCAUUGCUCUUGUGUUGUGGUUUUGCAGAGGUGAUAAAAACAGACACCCCUCUUCGAACUCUUUGUAAACACACUCUUACAGCCUGAACUCUGCUUCAACAUGGGUAGAAAUUCAAAGCUUUACAGACCCGCUGCUGUGCGGCUCGUUGCGGUUUCGAAGUUGUUAUUGGACAAUCGCUGUUCAGGGGGUUUAGCACGUCAUCACUUGUUCACUAUGUUGGUGGCGGGUUUUUUUUUAACUUUGGAGAGAGCCAGGCUAGCUGUUUCUCCCUGCUUCCGGUCUUGAUGCUAAGAUAAGCUAACCGGCUUCACGCUUACUGCACAGACGUGACAGUGGUAUUGGUCUUCUCGUCGAACUCUCGCAGAGAAAGCAAAUGUUUCCCAAAAUGUCGAGCUAUUCCUUUGAAGACUGUUUUGUAUUGCGGCCUUGGAAAACAAGGCAGAGCAGCAAACAAUCUGGACACGACUAUCGUUUAAGGGACAUUUGUUAGCAUUGUGUAUUAAAUUAAUAGCCAUUUGCAUCAUAGCUGGCUACUUGGAGACCGAUAGAUGACCCAAGGGGCCACAUCGGACCCCUAAAACCCUGUCGCAUGAAAGAUAUUUUCAUGAAAUGCUCGAUAUUUUGAAUUUCCACAUUUUGUAUAAUAUUUGGAUUGAAUUGUGAAGGCAUGAAGUUACUCCCAAAGUCCAGAAUCAGUCCGUCAGAACUCCUCUCUUGUUACAUUUUGUGUCAGGAAAACAGAGACUUCCCUUGCUUUGACUCUCUGUUAAAUCCCACGACGUCCUGUUGCAGCAGAAUCUGCCUUUUUUCACCACUCAGUUAAAACACAGAGGAAACACUUGUAAAAUAGGGAACAAUCCAUGGAUAUUUUCUUUAACUUUGUUGUAUUGGAGCUAUAUGUUUUGUAUUUGUGGUUUUACUGUGCUGUGAUUGGUCGUUGGUCUCAAUUCCUGUUUAUAUUCUUGUAAUAUCUUUGUUUUCUUACAGAGACAUUCGAAUAGGAAAACUUGAAUUAUUUUGAAUUUAUUUUUGUAUCACUCUCUUUGAGGUUCAUUGAAGGAGAAACUGGCAAAGGAGAUGUUGAUGCCUUAAUCUGUGUACCUUAAGUUGGUUUUUAGACUUGUUUCUGUUUUUAUUGUGAAUAAAACACUGAGCAUUGA